AUGACAGACUCCCCGGCGGGCUCGUCCCAGCUGCCCUCCUUCUACUCGCCUCGAACCCAGGCCGCCGACGUCUCAGCCUCCCACGACGGCGACAAUGCGAAGCAGCCCGUAGACGACCUGUCCCUUUCCCCCGCUGAGACCCCCGAGACCCCCGAGACCCCCGCCGGCAACUCGCAGGAGCCCCCGCCGUCACUCCUCUCCCCCGCCUUCACGCCGCCCGCUACGCCCGGCACCGCAACACCCACGACCGCUGGGCCUCGCGGAGUCCCUGUUGACAGCUCAAUUCCCUCGGGCGGUUGCGGUUCCAAGAAACCUCGACUGCUCGAGACCCUGCCCGAGGUGAAAUGCAUCGUGCGUGCCCGCAUCCCCACUGUGGCCGGCACGGAGAUGUUCCUUCACCUGUACACCAACAACGUCGACAACAAGGAGCAUCUUGCCAUCGUAUUUGGCAACGACAUUCGCAGCGAGAGCCUUGAUGCGCCCCAGGAGGGCGAGACGCAAAUGGACCGCAUGGUGCGCGGCGCAUACACUGGCAGGUUGUUCCCCGGCCGGACGACGAGUGGCAUGGGCGCCGGAGUCGCCCCCGGCCGCGAGGGGCAACCAGAGGCGACUCAAGCCCCCCUGGUGAGAAUUCACUCUGAGUGCUACACGGGUGAGACUGCCUGGUCUGCCCGGUGUGACUGUGGUGAGCAGUUGGAUGAGGCUGCCCGUCUCAUGAGUCUGCCUGGCAACAAGAGCGGCGGCAUCAUCAUCUACCUGCGGCAGGAGGGCCGCGGCAUUGGCCUCGGCGAGAAACUCAAGGCCUACAACCUCCAGGAUCUGGGCUCGGACACUGUUGAGGCGAACCUGAUUUUGCGACACCCGGCCGACGCGCGCAGUUACGGACUUGCCACGGCGAUGCUGCGGGAUCUCGGCCAGCAGGACGUGCGCCUUCUGACCAACAACCCGGAUAAGAUCCGCGCAGUGGAGGGACCGAACCGAGAGGUUGUGGUGACGGAGCGCGUGGCUAUGGUGCCGCUUUCGUGGAAGGGCCGAGGCGGCUUCCGAAGUGAGGAGGUGGAAGGUUACCUCAAGACCAAGAUCGAGAAGAUGGGUCACAUGUUGGAUAUGGGUGGACUGCAAUGA